AUGAGUGCGGCUCCUCGCGCCCAGCCUGAGGCUACCCCUACCCCUACCCCUACGCAGUCCCACCAGCAACGCGCCGCAGCUGAGCUCCACGGUCUCACGGGUCUCGGCUCCGCCGCUGUCCUACCACCGCUCGACACUGCCACCGCUGCCACACUCACUCACCGGAGCACGCACCACGCGUCUCCAGCUAACGCAGGUCUAUCGCUGAAGACGGAUCUGCACUCUGCAGCGACGCGACCUACCGAGACCCCCACCAUCAUGUACGAGUCCUCAGCUGCUGAGCCUACCAUCAGCCCUACCCUACCGACCAUGGGCUCUUCUUUGCGCUCGAACUUGUCAACCUCUAGCCUGACAUCCUCUCUUUCCCCAGGAUCAGCAUCCGCGUUACCCUCGCCGUACCUUGCAGCCAUGAGCGACCUGACCCCUCUGCCUUCACCUCUUGUUGGGUCCGAUGCGCCUUUAGUCUGGCGAAAACGAUCUGUGAAAACGCCAAAUCGAUCGAGAGACAACUCGUUACAUGACCCUUCCCAGGCGAGCAACUCGGGCCUGCCAAUCUCACCGGAUUCCCCUUCCAGAAGGAAGAAAUAUGGCAGUCUCAUGCAAGAAGCGGCCAUCGCGAACGCUUCUCGAGAGGCAGGCGGUCAAGAGGUUGCGAAAUCGAGUGCACACACAAGAAACCGGAGCGUAUCAGACUUCAAGCCAGAGCAGCUACACAACGUUCGGCAACGCCAUGUCACGUUUGGCUCCGGCGAUGCGCCAAACAUAGAGGGUACAGAGUAUCACAUGCAGCGGGAAGCAUAUCUGGCAGCACAGAGAGGUAUAGCAGAAACGCAUUUGGACGGCACGAAACAGCUUCCCACACCUCCGCCUAGUAAUUCGAGUAUGCAUGAGCUGGAGCAAGCCGAAGAGGAGCAGCCAUAUCUGGAGGAUGGAACUGCUUCGGAGCUCCUCGAGAUACACUGCGGCAUAAAUAACAAGCGACGCAAGUUCAGACAGUUACGGCAGCUGGGACAAGGAACAUUCUCUACAGUCAUGCUGGCAACACGCGAGAAGAUCCCUGCACACCCCACACCAGAGAUCGAAGACCAUCUGGACCCUCACAAACUGGUCGCUGUCAAGAUCGUAUUGCACGGACCUGCGGGAGGUGCCAACCGAGAACGCAUCGAAACGAGCCUGAAACGUGAAGUGGAAAUGCUGAAGAGUGUGUCACAUCCGUCACUGAUCCACCUCAAAGCAUGCGAGUACCAGGAGAGGAGAUCAUUAUUGAUCUUGACAUAUUGUCCAGGAGGCGAUCUGUUUGAGUUUGCCAGUCAGAAGCGAGACCUGUUGACAUCGAACCUGAUACAAAGAAUGUUCGCAGAGUUGGUCAGUGCCACCAGGUAUCUCCACACCAACUGGAUCGUGCACCGAGACAUCAAGCUCGAAAAUGUUCUGGUCAAUUUGUCGGAACCCGCGCUGCGGUCCUUGGACAACCCACUUACGCAUCCAACACCACUCGUCACCCUUACCGAUCUGGGACUUAGCCGGAAACUGCCAGACCCGCCUGACCCUCCUUUACUGUCGACUCGAUGUGGAAGCGAAGACUAUGCCGCUCCUGAGAUUCUCCUGGGUCAACAGUAUGAUGGCCGUCUGACCGACGGCUGGGCGCUAGGAGUAUUACUAUACGCUUUGAUGGAAGGGCGCCUACCGUUUGAUGCACCUCCUGGCAAGCCGGAUCGCAGUCGGAACACUCAUCGUAUAGCACGUUGCGACUGGAUUUGGUGCCGGUUUGGGGACGAAGAUGGCGAGUGGGAUGAGACUCGUCCUGGCAGCGACGAGUUUGCUGGUGCUCAACCUGCCGUGGAGGCACUUCUCAAGAAGGUGCGCAUGGGCAGGAAGUCAUUGGACGAUGUCGCACAGCUGCCUUGGGUGCAAGAGGGGAUUCAGGUGCCAGGAGGUCUUCGGAUGCGGGAGGAGGAUGAUGACAGCGACUUGCUGUGA